AUGGCCAAAAGUACAACGUUUACGGUGGCACUUAUUGGUCCACAAGGUGUUGGUAAAUCGACCAUUGCCAAUUACUUUUCUACACAUGAUACAUUAGGCGAUAUCGUAGGUAUUUAUGAAAUUCAAAGUAAUCGAGUUACUAUCACCAAUGAUUGGAAUGAAGAAUUCGAUGUUAGUAUCUUAGUCGUUUGUGACCAAGCUGAUCAAUCCUAUAAACAAAUAUACGAUGCCCUGAAAAGAAGAUCUCGUCAAGUGGUUGUUGUCAUCAAUAAAAUUGAUUGGCUAGUAGAAAAUGGUGUCUCAUUAAUCGAUUUAGAAAAUCAUUGGCGUAGUGUGGUAGGAUUACACUCUGAUGUUGUCUUAAUAUCGGCAAAGUAUGGUAAAAAUAUGGAACAACUUCAAGUCAUAAUUACCGAUGUAGUACGCCAUCCAUCAGCAUUUCCUUUACCAUCGGUAUCACGAAAGACGUGGUGGAUACUGUCUGCUCCUAAAACCCGACGUCAGCUUGUAUUUCGUGGAUUUUUUGCUGCUGCAUUAUUUUCAACCUUUUUUUACUUAUUUAAAAGUUAUCGACGAUGA